AUAGACAGACACACAGAAUACCAAGUAGACAGACACACAGAAUACCAAGUAGACAGACACACAGAAUACCAAGUAGACAGACACACAGAAUACCAAGUAAAGAAACACGCAGAAUACCAACUAGCCAUUCAUCCACAUCAAAAGAGAGCCAGCCUCUAAGCUAGCCAAGAAGGUCAGUGCCAAACCAGCCAUCCAGCCAGCCGUCAACAAUAACAGACUAUUUCAAUGACAUUGAUGACAAGAAGAAGAAACUUUUGAUUGAGAGGUGUGUGGAAAUGAACAUUCCAAUACCUAGAAACCAAAAUAGCCAGGUGUACCUUUCCAGAGAUUCCCCAACACUAUCCUUCAUACGGGAGUGCCAACUGAAAUAUGAAGAAGAUGCGGUAGAAUGUUCCAAACUAUACACAAUUUGGUAUAUGAGUUCAAGGACAGAAACCCAAGUAGUGAAAAGUGAGUACACCUUGCAGCUGGCAGCUUCAGUAUUGACGUGGUCUUUCCAUGAGAGGACUGACAUAGCAACAGUUUUGGAAACAAUUGAGCCAAUUCCUUUCAGCAAAACAGCACCUCUGCCAACAACGAUACCAAGCUACAACGUUCAUGUGGGAAAUGUCAGCUUGUCACCAAACGACCUCAGGACUCUACGUCCCAUGGCUAAAUGACCAGGUGGUGCAUGCAUACUUGGGUUUACUGUGCAAAGAGAGCAAUGAUAGACAUCAGCAUUCAUGCCACAUCUUGCCCAGCUUCCUUGCCUUAAAAUGGGAGACUCCGAACUACCAAUCAUGGCUGUAUCCCAAGGUACCUCUUGAGAACUUUGAUCACGUUCUCUUGCCCAUUUGCCAUCAACAUCAUUGGAUUUUACUUGCGGCAUCCAUGCUCACCGGCAAAGUCACCAUACUUGAUUCUGUUCCAAAUGAAUCAAGGGCCAGACAGUUUUUUGAUCAUUGGAUGAACUUCAUGAAUGCUAGAUCUACACUGUCCAUCACUGACCACAAGAAACCUAUCAAGUGGACUAGAGGUCAGGCACAGUCUUCUGUACAAGAAGAUGGAAGCUCGUGUGGAGUGUUUGUAUUAAUGAAUGCAGAAGCUAUACUCUCGAAUGUUCCACCAACGCUUAUGAGGCAGUGCCAUGUUACAUAAUUACAGACAGCAUGCACUUCAGCGCCUGCUUAAGACGUCAACAUCCAGUAAAGAAAAGAUCAGAAUAUGUGACCUUCCAUUUUGUGUAGACCCAGUGAAAUCCAAGCAUAAGAUGACCCAAUGUCCCACAUGCGAAAGAUGGAGUCACAAAGUUUGUCUGGGUCUGGAUGAGGAGCAAGCAGUAAAGAC